CGAAUGUCCUCACUGCCGUACGAAACAUUCACUUUGCGUCUCUUGUUUGGACGAGAAGAUCUCAUUUUCUCUAUUUUGUAGACUUUGACUCCUAUCUUACUCCCAAGGCGUAUCGUGCUCUCCAAGCGAAAGGCAAAAUAGAGAAGACCAACACCACACCAACACGAACGCGAACCUCCCAGUCUUCGCAAUGCGAGCCGGUACAGCCAGGCUGAGAACAGCCCUGCGCACUCCCUUACGCAGGGGGUUUGCAACCUCUCCCCGCUGCCUUGACAAGUAUGGAUUCAUCGGUCUCGGCCAAAUGGGCUAUCAAAUGGCCCGCAACUUGCAAUCCAAGCUACCUCCGACCGAUUCUAUCAGCAUCUACGACAUCAACAAGGAUGCCGUGCAAAAUCUCAAAGCCGAGAUGGAGGGCGCCCAAGUCGGCGGUGCGAAGGUGUCACUAGCCGACAGUGCCGCCGAGGCAUCAAGUGAAGCGGACACCAUCAUCACCGUCCUCCCCGAACCGCAGCACGUAAAGUCAGUCUACGAAACCAUCCUCUCCGCCCUCGCCAACACCCCGAAGAAAGACCGCCUCUUCAUCGACUGCUCCACCAUCGACCCGCAGACCUCCCGCGCCGUCGCCUCCUCCGUGACCUCGGCCUCGCAGGGCGCCUUCGUCGACGCGCCCAUGUCAGGCGGCGUCGUCGGCGCCACGGCCGGCACCCUCACCUUCAUGCUCGGCGCCCCAACCGCCCUCGUGCCGCGCGCCGAGCCGACCCUCCUCCGCAUGGGCCGCCGCCUCCUGCACUGCGGCGACCAGGGCGCCGGCCUCGCCGCCAAGCUGGCCAACAACUACCUCCUCGCCCUCAACAACCUCGCUACCGCCGAGGCCAUGAACCUCGGCGUCCGCUGCGGCCUCGACCCCGCCGUCCUGGCCAGCGUGCUCAACGUCAGCACCGGCAAGUGCUGGCCUUCCGAGAUCAACAACCCCGUCCCCGGCGUCAUCGAGGGGGCCCCCGCCGGCAGGGACUAUGCGGGCGGGUUCGGAAUCGCCUUGAUGAAGAAGGAUCUUGGGUUGGCCGUCGUGGCGGCGAAGGAGGCCGGCGCCAAGUUGGAGCUCGCUGAUAAGGCGACGGAGGUGUAUGCCAAUGCUGCUGCCGAUGAGAGGUGUAAGGGCCGCGAUUUCUCGGUUGUGUACCGGUAUAUCGGGGGCAAGGAGUAAGUAAAUCGACGGUAGAGGAGUUGAAAGGACGCCGUAUGACCGGGGGAAGUCCAAGAGGGAGGUGUAAACCAGGUGAUUCAAACACAGGCAUCCAAGGGCAUAUAGAUUUUCGGCAUCCUGUGACAUGGACGCCGUGUACAAAGCUAGGUGGAUAAUGAAUCGGGCUUUGGAAAUUCAUGUAGCCCUCCAUCUUCAU